AACAAAUAAUUUGAGCGGACAAUGCCACUACGGUUUGACAUAAAGAGAAAGCUCUCUGCUCGAUCUGACCGAGUAAAAGCUCUAGAUGUCCAUGACUCUGAACCUUGGCUUCUAGUCGCGCUCUACAGUGGGCACCUGAAUAUCUGGAACUAUGAAACACAGAACAUUGUUAAAACAAUUGAAGCUACCUCUAACGAUCUGCCUAUAAGAACUGCCAGAUUCAUCGAGAGGAAAAGUUGGGUUGUUUGCGGGUCGGAUGAUAUGGUUAUUCGUGUGUACAACUACAACACAAUGGACAAAGUGCACUCUUUUGAGGCUCAUGCUGAUUAUAUAAGAUGUAUAUCAGUGCACCCGACCCAAUCAUUCAUCUUGACAUCGUCUGAUGACAUGAUGAUAAAGUUAUGGGAUUGGAACAAGAACUGGGCCUGUACCCAGACCUUUGAGGGGCACACACAUUACGUCAUGCAGGUUGUGUUCAACCCAAAAGACACCAACACUUUCGCUAGUGCUAGUUUGGACAAAACAAUCCGGGUAUGGCAGAUGGGUUCCACCCAACCUAACUUCACCCUGGUGGGUCACGAGAAAGGGGUCAACUGUUUGGACUACUACCGAGGCGCUGAUAAACCUUACCUCAUAUCGGGAGCUGACGACUUUGUGGCUAAGAUCUGGGACUACCAGAACAAAUCGUGUGUACAGACCCUGGUCGGACACACUCAGAAUGUUACCAGCGUCUGCUUCCACGCUGAUAUGCCUAUUAUUAUAACCGGUUCGGAAGACGGCACGAUAAGAUUGUGGCACGUAAACACCUACCGACUGGAAUUCACCCUGAACUACGGUUUUGAGCGAGUUUGGUGUGUGGCUCAACUUCCGGGUUCCAACACACUCAGUAUUGGGUAUGACGAGGGAGCUAUCAUGAUAAAACUGGGACGGGAGCAGCCGGCCAUCACCAUGGAUAACCAGGGCAAGAUCAUCUGGGCUAAACAUUCUGAGAUUCAGCAGGCAAAUGUGAAAGCACUGGGUGACUCACCACACAAGGAUGGUGAAAUCCUGCCUCUGGCGGUUAAAGAUCUUGGAAGUUGCGAGAUAUUCCCACAAACCCUUGUUCACAAUCCUAACGGCAGAUUUGUAGUUGUAUGUGGUGACGGAGAGUAUAUCAUCUACACAGCCCUGGCCUGGAGAAACAAGAGUUUCGGUACAGCUGAAGAAUUUGUCUGGUCUGCUGACUCGUCCAUGUACGCUAUCAGGGAGGGAAAUAGCAGAGUCAAAAUAUUUAAAAACUUCAAAGAAGUUCAGGAUUUCAAGCCCGAUUACGGAGUUGACGGAAUAUACGGAGGACAGCUGCUUGGAGUAAAGUCAGGCAGUGGACUUACAUUCUACAACUGGGAAACCACUGCUCUUGUUAGGCGGAUAGAGGUCGCUCCUCAACAGGUAUACUGGUCAGACAACGGUGAAUUGGUGUGUAUAGCCACAGAAGACGAGGCCUUCAUGUUGCGGUACAACCCUGAUGUAAUCGAGGGAACUCCCCCGGACGAGGAUGGGUUCGAGGCAGCAUUUGAUGUGGUUGGGGAGGUGGCUGAUAAAGUCAUGACCGGAGUGUGGGUUGGAGAUUGUUUCAUCUACACAAACAGUGAGAACAGGCUAAACUACCAUGUCGGAGGAGAGAUUGUCACUAUCUCCCACUUGGAUAGGACACAGUACAUUCUGGGUUACAUUGCCAAGGACAGUAAACUGUAUCUGGGAGAUAAGGAUCUCAACGUUACCAGCUUCGCUCUAAAAACAGCAGUUUUGGAGUACCAGACAGCAGUUAUGAGACAAGAUUUCGAGACCGCUGACCAGAUUCUGCCUAGUAUUGACGAGGAACACCGCACCAGAGUUGCUCAAUUCCUGGAGAAACAAGGCUUCAAGGAGCAGGCUAUGGCUGUGAGUGUGGACCCUGCACACAAGUUCGAACUAGCACUUCAACUGAACGACUUCGCCACGGCAUACGGCUUAGCUGUGGAGCACAGCAGUGAACAAAGAUGGAAACAGCUCUCAGAUCUUGCUCUCAGAUCAUCCGACUUCAACCUUGCAAAGAAAUGUAUGUUUAACGCCAAAGAUUACAGUGGUCUGCUCCUGCUAGCCUCGAGUCUAGGAGACUCUGAGAGUAUGGUCCAGUUGGCUGAGCUGGCCCACUCGGCUGGGAAAGAGAACAUAGCUUUCACCGCCUACAUGAUGCUCAACAACAUCCCCAAAUGUUUGCAGCUUUUGGUUGAGACUGAGAGAUAUCCUGAGGCUGCCAUCAUGGCUAAAACCUAUAUGCCUAGCGAGGUCUCGAAGAUUCUGAAGUUGUGGCAGGCAGAUCUUAGCAAAACAAACGAGAAGGCAGCAGAAGCUCUCGCUGACCCACUGCAAUACGACAACCUAUUUCCUGAACUACAGCUAGCACUCAAGGCUGAAAAGCUGCUAGAAAAAGAGCGCAGUACCCUGCUACCAGCUGCUAGCUACCCAGCAGUAGCCCCCAACUGGGAGAGAGAUGUGCUAGCAGAAACGGAAGAGAUGCUAGCCAGCCUCCCGGAGGUAGUCGCCUCCCCCAAGGAGGAUGAGAUGUUGACUGCCGAGGUGAAGGAGGAACAGCCCGUCUCAGAACCCGAGGAGGAAGAGAAAGAGGAUUUGUUUGAGGAGGUUCCGGAGGAUUUGGGAGGAGUUGUGGGUGCUCCAGAGCCCUUAAUAGCGUUAGAACCGGAACCGUCCUCUCCCCCCUCCGAGCCACCCAUGCCUCCAAUUGAGCUUGAACCUGAGCCAGUUGUACAAGAGGUGCCGGCUGAUCUCGCUGUGAAAGUUCCAGAGCCCAUAAUAGCGUUAGAACCGGAACCGUCCUCUCUGCCCUCCGAUCCUCCCAUGCCUCCAGUUGAGCCUGAACCGGAGCCAGUUGUACAAGAGGUGCCGCUUAAUCUCGUAGAAUUGGCGCCAGAACCUUUCGCAGAAUUUGUGCCAGAACCCAUUGCGGAAAUGGUGCCAGAACCCAUUUCGGAAGUGGCAUCAGAGCCGAUCGUUGAAGUAGCGCCAGAACCCCUCAUAGAAUUGGCACCAGAACCUGUCAUAGAAUUGGCACCAGAACCCCUCAUAGAAUUGGCACCAGAACCUGUCAUAGAAUUGGCACCAGAACCUCUCAUAGAAUUGGCACCAGAACCUCUCUUAGAAUUGGCACCAGAACCUCUCGUGGAAUUAGCGCCAGAACCUUUUAUAGAAUUUACACCAGAACCUCUCCCAGAAAUGGUACCAGAACCCCUCGUUGAUGUAGCGCCAGAACCGCCCGCGGAGGAGGCGUUAGCACCCGCUCCUACAGAGACGCCAGCAGAGGCGGUGGAAGAGGCGUCAGAAAAGCGCGACUUGUUCGGGAACAGCAGUACCGAUUUCCUGGACGACAUGGAUAGGGAAAUAUCGGAACUUAACCUGGACGAUAUUAAUGUUGAUGAUAUCGAUCUUGAUGACGAGAGCUUGUUUGAUUAGCUGCGAACUUUGAGCACAUUAUGUGAGGUCAGGGAGACUUCUAUUUGAGAAGUUACUCCUCGCUUGUCCAUAUUUUGAAUAAUAAUAUUAGUAUAAUUAAUAUGAGGUAUGUCAUGAUAUAUAAGUAAAGGGUAAUUUAAAGUUCUAAAUUAUAUAAUUACUAGCGCUUUAAUUUUAAUUUCGAUUUAGUGUUAUAGUUCGAAUCUUAAAUUUCGAUACGAAGCUUCAAAGCUGUGCUCGUUUAGUUUUCUUUAUGUAAAUUUCUUAAUGCCUAAUAUUUAUAAUUGAGUCCGCUUUAUUCUAUGUUGAACACGGUUAUACUUGUAGAGUUGGACACGGAAUUUUGCAAAAACAGAUCAAAAUUUAGAAUAAUCUGAUGUUUUUACGCACGUUAUUUCAAUCCACAUUCCUCCCUGUACAGUGGCUGUUAAAUUGUCGGAUUAAAAUUUCUCUUGUUGAUGUUAAUGAGGAAUUUGAAAAGAUAUAUAAGUGCUUAAAAUUGUUGCGAAUCUUAAAUUUAAUGUUAUUAUUUUUGA